CAACUUUCGUCUAAGGAGUGAUCCUCUUCCUCAGGAUGAGCUCUUAAAAUCCCCUCCCAUGUUUUAAUACCAAAGAAUGUGCGUGUUUUAUUACAUGCGCCUCUGUGAGCGGUGCGCAACGUGACGCCGGUUUCCUGUUGAGUGGUGCUUGUUGGGAUUUGCGCGGCGUGGUCUCACCCACGCCACGAGGAGGGAUACACACGCACACAUCACACAACAGCUGUGUCAGGUCCAGGAUUAACGCGCCGGAGAGGAGAACAGGAUGAAUGUUUGGAUCCCUUUGCUCCUGCAGUGCUUGGCGUUUCUGUUCUGAGGAGCGAAGGCACAUUGGCUGUUUUCCCAGAGGACAGUAGCGGAACCAGCAGCAGAGUUUAUGACUGGGAGUCACAUGGAGUAAACUUUAAGAUUCACUUGUUUGGAGAACAGAGGAAGCUGCCACCAAACAGCUGUAGUGAUGGGAAAGGAGACUGUCCUUGCUUUGGCAUCACUUUAAAUGUUUGUUUAACAAAGCAGGGACGCAUUUCUUCCUUUAAAAACAAGUUUCUUGCAUUUAUGUAACAUUUAACUUCACCUAAUAGUGAAUAAGAAGUUGACGCGUCUUUUUGGAGCCAUAUUUUUGCUGGAUAUGGUGAGAAUUGCCAGGAGAGGCUUAAAUUAAUAUUUUAAAGGUUGAACUAUAAAAGAUUGAAACGAUCUGUGACACUGGGGACCUGCGCUAUGAAAUAUGUAUUUGAACUGGCCAAAUGUUUGUGACCCUGUGACCCACUAAGACACAUAUUUUCCUCCUAAAAUAUCUCUGCUUUCGGUUAAUACAUUUUUAAACAGCGGCAGCACAAAUUUUGUGUUUAAAAACGAAUCAAUAUUUCAACAAGAGGUUAAAGAUGGAGUAAUAUAAUUUCACCAUCUCCCUUGUUUUACUGUAUCACACUUUUUCUUAAGUGCUAGAUAACAUCUCUGGGUGUUCAUUUUGCUGCCUCCCCUCAUGACGAGCACCAGCUGACACGGUUAUAUUUUCUCCAUUUAUUAUCAAGCCAGUGAAAAAGAACAAAGCUCCCCACCCCGCUAUGCAUGUGUGGUGGUGUGGUAUUUGCUAUUUGUUUGUGUAAAAGGGCGUAGAGGCUGCUACAGUAAUCUCUCACUCUUUUUCCCCUCAUCUUUGAUGUGUUUAUUUAUUUAUUUUUUUUAAAGUUCAUUACCAUCACCACAGACGCGUCGUAGGGGUUAAUUUAGCGCCGACUUGGGGUGCGUCAGGGCGCACACAGUGGACUAGUUGUGUCGAUCACUCCCGCAGAGGCGAUGCCCUUUUGUGGAGAGGUCUCUUGUCACACAGAGGACAGACGGCAUUCACAAUCGGGACACAGGGACACAAAGAGAAGAACUGCAUUUUAAAAGGCUCCAUUCUUUCCCCGCAACCGCUGGGUGUUGACUGUGGGUGUUUGAGAGGAUCUUUGUUGCCCGGAGAAAAGUAGAGAAGAAGAAGAAGAAGAAUACGCGCCGUGAACGGGUUGGGGGAAUUUUUAUGGUCAGGGUUACUACAGUGCAGCCGAUGCUGUCAUCCACUCCACCUACGUUUGCUUUCCCGGAGGCUUGUUUUGGAUGAGGAGGUGAACUUUUACGCAUUGUUUUACGCAGUGACUGGACGGAACACUUGUCAUGAUGAACUUUGUCUCCCCGGUACCUGCUGGAUAGCGCGUUGUGCCGGAUCUUUAACUUGAAGGAGAAGUCAUUUUUGUUGAUAUCUGUGGAAAGGAUGCCAGUUGAUAAAUUCGCAAACAUGGAGGAAAAACUGUGGAUACUGGAGGACCUCAAUAUGAUGUACAUCCGCCAGAUUGCGCUCAGUUUACAGGACAGCGACAUCCAGAAGAAAAUUGACCAUGAGAUCCGGAUGCGCGAUGGAGCCUGUAAGCUGCUGGCUGCCUGUUCCCAGAAGGACCAGGCGCUGGAGGCGGCGAAGAGCCUGCAGACCUGCAGCACUCGUAUCAUGGCCUACAUGUCAGAGCUGCAGAGGAUGAAGGAGGCUCAGGUCAUGCAGAAAGUCACACGGAGGUCGUCGGACGCGGGGCCGAUGGAUGACAGACUCCCAUGCAAAGGAAAAGUGGCGAUAUCAGAUCUUCGGAUCCCUCUCAUGUGGAAAGACACAGAGUACUUCAAGAACAAAGGAGAGCUCCAUCGGUGUGCAGUGUUCUGCCUGCUGCAGCUGGGAGGAGAGAUCUUUGACACAGACAUGGUGAUAGUGGACAGGACGCUCACCGAUAUUUGUUUUGACAACACCGUCGUAUUCAAUGAAGCCAGCCCGGGUUUUGAGCUACGUGUUGAGCUGUAUAGCUGCUGCUCGGAGGACGACUACUCAGCAGGGAGCACGCCAAGGAAGCUAGCCAGCAAACUGAGCUCCUCACUGGGGCGAUCAGCAGGGAAAAAGCUCCGGGCAGCCAUGGAACCUGGGCCAUGUAGUCCUGUUAGCAACGGAGGGGCAUCUCCUCUUCUGCUGCCAGUUCCCUCUGUACCGGGCCCCAAGUACCACCUCUUAGCUCAUACCACCCUGUCACUGUCACACGUCCAGGACAGCUUUCGCACACAUGACCUCACCAUCUCAGGCAACGAAGAGUGUUCGUACUGGCUGCCGCUCUAUGGCAGUAUGUGUUGCCGCCUCGCAGCUCAGCCUCACUGUAUGACCCAACAGAUGAUGAGCGGAUGUUUGAAAGUUAAGCAGUUGGGAGGUGACCCUCAGAGUUGGACAAAAGUGUACGCCGUUCUAAAAGGAACGAGCCUUUUCUGCUACCACCGGCAAGAAGAUGUGGAGGCUAACGUUGAACCAGCUUUCACGAUUGCCAUCAACAAGGAGACCAGAAUACGUGCGUCAGAGAAAGACCCUCAAAGUAAAGUUCAGAAUAUCUGUAUCAGUAACCAGUACGGAGGUGAGGAGGUCACACACACCCUCACAACAGACAGUCGGGAGGACACACAUCGAUGGAUGGAGGCAUUCUGGCAACAUUUCUAUGACAUGAGCCAGUGGAAACAGUGUUGUGAUGACUUAAUGAAAAUUGAACUGCCAUCACCAAGGAAACCGGCCCCUGUCACACCAAAACAGGGCUCACUCUAUCACGAAAUGGUUAUUGAGUCAUCUGAUGACCUCAGCAGCACUGUGUCAGACAUCCUGGCUCGGAGGAUGCAGGAGCUGGAGCUCCGCAGCCAGCUGGGCACCUCCCCCACCUGGAUGUCUAUGUUUGAGGAGAACAAUCCCAAAAGCGCUGGCCGCCCUCGUCCCUGUACUUCUCGCCUCUCUGGCCACAGCCCCUGCACCCCUCACCGAAUGCCCCGGAGCCCUGCGAGCCCUCACCGCUGUCCACAGCUGAGUCUGCUGUCCUCAGAUGCGAGCCUGACUUCGGACAGCGACAGCCACUGCAGCACCAGUCCUUGCUCUCACCGCCACGGCUGGCCCGAGCCGUCGUCAAACUUCUCCCUCUUGUCAUCUUCUCCCUCCCGCUUGAGGCCACGCACUCUGUCCCUGGAUGCUAAGCUCAGCACCCUUCGAGGGAGGGGGUACGGAGGAGGAGGGACCCUCCAGUGCCCCUGCCAGCCUCCUCCCUCCUCGCUGCUCGCCCCGCUCCCCAUGUCCUCUCGUUCGCCUCGCUCACAGCGCAGCACACAGACCACUCUCUCCUGCUCCAGCUCUACUUCCAGCAACAGCUCCAGCAACAGCGAGGGCAGCCACAGCCCCGAGUCAUCUGAGGGAGCCCCCUUCUCAAGGCCCUCCCCGGCUCGACGCAGCCUCAGGAACCUCAGGGCCAGACUUGAUCCUCGCAACUGGCUCCAAAGUCAGGUGUGAACUAGUUCCGCCUGAGAGACGUUUUAUGCUGGCCUAAAGGCAACAGUGCUCAUUAAACCAUGGUUUAACUGGCUUAACAUAUGUGAACCAACCUCAGGCAGUCUGCUAGGCCACAUGCACAGCCCUGAGGAAGAUAAGCUGCCUCUAGCCUGCCUCCUGGUGGAGGAUGGAUCAUGGAAGACCCUCCUGGGGCAAACUGGAAUGUCUUCCAACACAAAGGACAGGUGACAAUCACUGCAGGCAACUCUGCACUUUGCUGGAUUGCCACAAUUCUGAAGAUGGUCCAGAAUGAAAUGGGAGGUACUCUGCUUGCUUUGAGAAAUUAUUAUGGUCAUGCUGCUUGGGAGAAAGUGAUGCUAAGAGCUAAGGACAUGCUCCGAUAAACACACUGGGCCUACUGUCUGUCCUUAGACUCCAAGGCUUGAACUAGGCAAGGUUUUGUUUUGUCCUCUGCAUCAGCCAACCCGGCCACUCAAAUCAUCUCUACUAAUGCACUAGCAGUAUUUUGACUGGAUGUUUCCUAUCUGUAUUUUAUAAAUAAAGGUGUGCGGUGUUAAUGCUAUGAAAGCCAGUGAGCAUGUGGCAAGAUGAACAUGCAAGAUGAACAUAAGGUUUAAUCAGUCAAGAGUUUUCAAGUGUUAGAAACUGGUAAGUGUGGAGGGAAGGGUUGGUGUCUGUUUUCUUUACUGUGAUAUCUACUUCAGUGUACGCAUCUAAUUAUUCAUACAACAGAUGAUCAUUGUGGUUCUCCUAAAAUUACUAUGCACCAUUUUUUUUUUCUUGCAUGAUUUGACUUACAGUUAAAAUGUUGAACUACUUGAGAUCAUUUCAAAAAUGGAUCUGGUGAAAGCUUAACUUUAUGCAAGUGCUCAUACAUACUGUACUGGUUAUUACUGUGAUUUCUUCAGGUUAAAAAUCUGUGCUCUGGUCUUAACUUUACACACACUUAUCUGCACACUAUUGACGGGUUAUCUUCAGAAGUGGGUGACAGCUUCUUACAUACAGAGAACAAACUCUAAAAUAAGCUGAAAUUAAUCAAAGCUUAAAGGGUCAUUUUGAUACUUUUCAACCUAGACUCUAGUUCCCAUGUUUUUGUGUCUUAGUGACUAAUGGGAACAACAAAUUUUGAAACUGGUCCAGUAUGGAGUGAGAGUAGUGCAGCGGACAGCAGCGAAACAGGCUGCAAUUUAAGGUUAAUGGGAAAUUGUGCUCUGUCAAUGUAAGUCCACUUAAAGUGCUUGUUUUUGACACUGACAGGCUCAGAUUGUUAUUAUAAGUAUCUUUCAUCAUAGUGACAUCAUGGAAAGGAUCCCUACAAUAAGCCCGGAAAUUGCUAUCACCAUGGCCACCGGACUCCAUUUAAGUGAACAGUAAAUUUUAUCAUAGUAAAACACACUUUAUUCAAGGUUGACAGAAACAAAGUAAAAGUCACAAAAACAGUUGUGAUUAGUCUCUCCACUGUUUCAACAAUCACUGAUUUGGUUGAAAUUAACCCUUAAUUCAACCAUAAUGUUGCCAGACACUUAGAAUAAUAAUCUGAGCCUGUCAGUAGCUAAAACAAGCACAUUUAGUAGACGUUAACUGACGGUGCACAAAUGCCCCAUGGGGUUACAUUGCAGCCUGUUUCGCCGCUGCCAGCUGCACCACUCUCUCUCAGUACUGGACAAUUUUAAAAAUUGUUUUUCUCAUUUGUCACUUAGACACAAAAACAUGGGAAAAUAGAGUCUAGGUAAAAAAAAAAAUACUGACAUUACCCUUUAAGUAUUAUUGAAACUCAAGCCAUUCAUAUAAUUCUGCUACAUUGUAGUGCACUGCAGUAUUUUAGGAUUCCGUCAAGAAUCCUGGUCCCUGAUUAUGAAAUGUCCAAUAAAAUGUGAAACAUCCACCAAUCAAAUAUUAUGCAACUCAGAAAUCUUAGAAAUUAUUUUACAGUUGCUGUAUUUUUAAGCAACUUCUAUAAAGCUGAGUACUUGCAUGAAACCCCACUUAACUUCUAGGUCGUGAUAGUAAGAUUGAGAUUAAAAUUUUUGUUUACACAGCCAUUCAUGGAUUUAAUUAUAUAAGUUAUUGUCAUUUAGACAACUGAACAGCUUCUUGUCACAAGGAAACAAUCAUCUGACUCACGGCGUCCAUGUGAAUAUCUUGUAAGGAGAGUCUGUGUCUGUCAGUGCAGUAAAACCUCUUCUUCUCCAUCUCUGUUGUUUACUGUAGAUUCUACUUUGGUAAUAGUUUCCCCUCUUGGGGUUCAGAACUCGUACAACCAUUUUCACUAAGAAUUAAAACUGUCAGAUGUUUGAAAAACAGCAUUUGUUACUGUAAAUUAAUUUUUAUAAGUUAACAAAUAAACCUCCUCUCUUUGUCUUUUGUUACAAUAUUGAUUUUGUUAUAAAUGCAGCUAUAUUGAUAUCUGAUUAUCACGAUGUUAACAGAUGAUGUGCAGAUCUUUAACUGUUACAAAUAGAUAACAUUGAAUGUUAUAACCUUGCAAGUUUCUCGUGUUAGCAGGCUUUGUGUUCUGCAUGUACGCCGUCCUAGAAGGCGAACAUAAAAUGAGAAAUCUCAUGUUUAUAUAAUAUAACAUUAAUUAUAAUAA